AGGGGUCAUGGCACCGGCGAAAGCAGAAACCCCCGCCGCUGGUGGUAAGAUAUGGGACGACGCCCGGUUCGCCCACCUGGUCAGUGAUCCUCGUUUCCGAGGGAUACCGAAGUCGGAGAAGAAGGUCCAAAUCGACAGCCGGUUCAAGUCCAUGUUCAAGGAUGAACGGUUCAACGUUAAAGCCAAGGUGGACAAGUACGGUCGAAAGCUGCGACCCACGGAAACGACCGAACUGAGAAAGUUCUACGAGCUGGAAGAUGAGGACACCGAUGAGGAGGAACAGGAGCGCGAACGGGAACGGGAGCAGCGUGCAAUGGAAGGCCGGUCGGACGGGCGUGAAGAGGAGUCGGAGGAGGCCGAAUCGGAUUCCAGUGACGACGAGCUACAGUUGACCAAAGAAGAAAAGGGGACAGUCUUGUCGGAGGAGGUCAAGAAUCGGCUGAGGACGUUUGCGGAUGAUUUUAGGCGCGGCGAAGGCAAGCUGCACUCUUCGGAUGACUCUUCGGAGGACAGUUCCUCGGACGACGAGGAGGAAGAGGACGAUGAAGUGUUCAUCGAGCACGUGUGGGGAGAACUGGAUGCCGAUGCCGAACACACGGAAGAAUCCUCGCACCGGCUAGCCGUUUGCCACAUGGACUGGGACCGGAUCCGGGCCGUCGAUAUUAUGGUGCUGCUCACGUCGUUUCUUCCACCGGGAUCGUCGGUGAAAAGUGUAAAGAUCUAUCCUUCCGAGUUCGGUAAGGAGCGCAUGAAGGAGGAAGAAGAGCGCGGACCGCAGGAACUCACGGUACGGCGUGACGAUUCCGAAGAGGAAGAAGAGGACGACGAGGAGGCACAGAAGGAGCGGCUUCGAGAGUAUCAGCUGAACCGGUUGAAGUACUACUACGCCGUGGCGGAGUGCGAUUCGGUUGAAACGGCGGACAAGAUCUACAAGGAGUGCGACGGCGUCGAGUAUGAGAGUACGGCCAACAAAAUCGACCUACGGUUUAUCCCGGACGAUAUGGAGUUUGGCGAGGAUGAACCGAAGGACAGUUGCACCGAGCUGCCGGAUAUGGGCAAGUAUGUGCCCCGUAUCUUCAACACAUCGGCCCUUAAACAGGCCAAGGUCGAGCUCACGUGGGACGAGAACGAUCUCGAACGGAAGGAGUUCAACGAGAAGCUACGGGACGGCAAGUGGGCUCAGAUGCCGGAAACGGAACUGAAAAAGUACGUCGCCUGUUCCAGCAGCGACGAAGAAGAGGCCCGUGCCGGUGGAAAGAAGAGGCAGAAGCGAUCCAUUUUGCGCUUACGGGCACCCGAACCGGAUGAUGAAGAUUCCGAUGAUGGGGAAGCACCCGAUGGCAAAGAGAAGCAAACCAUGAUUGCCAAGUACAAGGCCCUGCUGAGUGACAUCAAGGAACAGGAACAAGCAGACGAGGAAGAUAAGAUCGGCAUGGAAUUCACUUGGAAGGUGAAUGGGGAUGACGGCGGUGCAGAAAACGAGAGACAAUCCAGCGAGAAGACCGACCACCAGAAGACUCCGCUGCCGGAUGAUGUGAAUCCGUUCGAAAAGAUUCUGCAAAAGAAGAAGGAAAAAAGCAAACGCCGGAAGGAGCUGAAGAAGCGCCGCAAACGUGGUGAACUAGUCGAGGGCAGCGAUGGCGAACGGUCCGGCUCUAGCAGCGACUCGGAAGACGAUCUCCCGUACGGCGUCGACCUGAACGAUCCAUUCUUUGCCAGUGCCUUUGACGAGAAGGAGUUCGGUGGGCCGAAGCAGAAGGGCAAAAAGAAGGACCCGGAGGCGUUGCGACAGACGAAAGAGCGAGAGGAACGGGAAGCGGCCGAAGAGGCACGGCGUCAGGCCGAACUGGAGCUGCUGCUGGACGACGGGGACGACAGUCGGGCACACUUCAAUCUGCGCGCCAUCCAGGAGCGCGAGAUCGACCUGAAGGCGGUCUCAAAAUCGAAACGGCGCCGCUUGCUGAAGAAGAGCAAACGGGAGAUCGAGGAACAGCGCGGUGCCCGGGCGAUGCCGAACGGAGGCGACGACUUUGAGGUGGACUUGGACGAUACCCGGUUCGGGGCCAUCUACUCGAAGGCGGAGUACAACAUCGAUCCGACCAAUCCGUCGUUCAAGAAAACGAAGGGAAUGGAACGGAUGAUCGAUCACAAGCUGAAGAAGCGCCAGCUGGCCGAAAACGAUGCGCGGGACGAUGGCGAACAGCGAGGGGCGGCGAAAAAGCAGCGGAAAGAUGUGGCCACCACCAUGCUGGUGAAGAGCAUCAAGCGGAAAAUUGGCCAAGGCACGUGAAUGGGGAUCAACGAUCACGUUGAGUAAUGUUGAAAAUGUGGUGUAAAU